GCCACAGCUGAUGGAUAGCGGUUCAAUGAUACUAGAAUGCUUCCGAUGUGAACAAUGAGGGUCUCUGUCGAUGGACAAAGAAAGUAGAGGUAACUUUGACACCUGGAGUUUCAGAAUGGUUUCUGGAGUUGAGUUUCGGUGCAAAGUAAAAGUUCCCACCAUCACUAACCUGCCAACUUUAAAUGAAAUUUCGUCAUCGGCUUUUGAGGUACCCCUACAAUAACUUCAACGGUGUGGGCAACCGGGAAGUGAUGAGUGCCCUUAUACCUCUAACAGCACUCAAGAUAACUGUACUACCACUUAUAGCGAUGGCAAGGAAUGCGUCUAUCAACUAAUUGAUGGGUGUACUAUGUAGCAGUUUGUUCUGUCCUACUUUACGACUCCGAAACGUGGCCAUUAAGAGUAGGGGAUACUCUAUGACUUUUUACACGAAAAGCAAGUUAUUGCUGAUUAUGAUGAGUAUUUCAACGCAAAGAAAAAUUUGGAUGAAACACUUUCCACAUCAGUGUAUGGAAUUCCACCAGAUCAGUCUAAUCCAUUACAGGAAAGCAAUAAAAAGGGCAUUGAAUUACCUCGCAGUUUUCAUUUUUCUGAUCCUCAGUCACGUUCUUCAAAUAAUUCGUGUCCAGCUUCAGUUAUCGGAACACCUCCACCUGCUGCUAGUCAUCUUGUUUCCGGGAAAAUUUUGGAACCUAGCAUAAUAGAUAGUGGAGCUUCUAGCCAAUUAUGUAAAUCAGAACAGAUGAAGGUUUCGGAUAAUAACCCUGAAUGUUCUAGUUCAGAGUUAAUUCAUAUGAAACCAGGCUCUUCUACUAGUUCCACAAUUUGCACAUACUUAAAAGAUUUUGAUAUCCAACCUGACGACCCAUUCACGAUGACUGAACUUAAAACAAUAAAUGAACUUGAGGAACUUAAGGAAAUUUUAAUGCAUGACUCCAUUUCUAGUUCCUGUCAACCACAACCUUAUCAUUCGACAACCAAGGAUAUAAUAAAUAAUCAUAGUGAAGGUUCAUCUGUCACCAACUCUUCGAAUACUCACUCCGUAAAUUCAGAAAAACUGAGUUAUCCUCCUUUUUCUAGUUCAAAAAACAAACACGAAACUUGCAAAUUUCCAGAAACAGCUAAUUCAUUUCAAAACAAUUUCUGUUUCGUAAGUAAUCAUAUAAGUGAUCAUCAAGUUCAAACACGUGCACAAGAUGUAGCUAUCUCAAAUGGCCUUCAUAAUUCAUCUGGAUUUGGUAAUGCACCGACAAGGUUUACAAAUUUGUCUAAGCCAUUUGUAAAUUCCUGUGUUCCAUAUAGCAUAAAGUCGAUUGCCUUCACCAAUCAACCUCAAGCCUUCGGUAGUAUCGCUGAACAAAACGGUCUUAUAAAUACUGAAAAAUGUCAAGACAUGUUUAAAAUCUCCACUAUUGGUAUAAGAACACCUGAUCCACAUCAUUCUCAAAUAAAGCUUUUAGAAAGUUUGUUGUCGUGGGCAACAAAUUGUGGUUUUUCUCAUUCUCAUACUCGUCGUCUCUUAGAAUUAGGACUACAGAAAAGAGCCUUUACAUGUCAAAAUCUUGAGCAGAACAAAUUGAUCUUGUUAAAUCUUCUUCAUACCUUCAACUCACUAUUGACAACUUUCUCAACUAAUCAAAAUUCUCAGAAGCUUAGUGAACAAUCAGCUCUUUUGAUUACAGUUACACAUCCUAAUAAUCUAUUCAAGGCACAACAAUUGGCUCGCCUAGUUAUUUAUCUAGAACAGAGAGGAUUCUCACAAGAUAUGAUCUAUCGCUAUAUACAAAAUCCUCAUUCCAUGGAAAACGAAGUGGCCAAAUUUCUCAACGAUUUAACGACACCUGCCAGUACUGUUCAUCAAGUCAGUCCUAUGAAUUUUCCAUCAUCAAAAUCACUUAGCAUGAAAUACCCAGAAAGAUGAUUGUGAAGACGAUGGAAAGUAUUCUUUCAUUUUCUGAUGUUCAUUGUUUUCAAUGAAAUUUUUCUAAUAUCAGUCGUAUACCUUACUGCUAAUGCUGUGAUCACUAAAGCUUUUCAGAUUUCUUAACAACCAAACAUUUCGUUUUCUUCCAUAUAAUAUUUGUACUACUUUCGUAUUAUAUUCCCAUUAUGUUUGCAGAUAAUAAAUAGUAAUGGUAUAAGAAGAACGGAUCGUGUCAACCAAUUUUUUUUAUCAGUUUGACUUUACCUUUUCUCAGGUUUGUGUCGAAUUCACAGUAAUUAAAACUAAGAGGCUCUGUGUGUUCACUCAUUUUCUCUAUUACAUAUACGAAAUCGUUUGUAAUUAACUCACAAAUAACUACCAGCUGGCAGUUGUUUGAUAUUUUUUAAGAAUUAUUGUAUGUAUACAUAUAUAAGGUAUAUGUAGUUUCUAUUUUUAAAUAAUUCACAGAUGUUUAUUUUCAAGAAUAAACUUAUUCAAACAUUUCCU